AUGUCCUCCGUCACCUUAACCACAACCACAACCUCCACCUCCACCCCACCCAAACCCACCCCCAAAGACGAACCCCAAGAACAAAUCUACACCCCCUGGCGCCUCUUCAUCUACGACAUCUGGGUCCUCGGCAUCGUGAGCACCCUCGCCUGGGGCUGCCGGAUCAGCACCUACCUAAUCCCCUUAUUCCGCUCCAACGUGGGCAAAAAGCACCUCGACAUUGGCGCCGGCACCGGCUACUACCUCAACCAAGCCCGGAUCCCCUCAACAACCCAGCUCACAAUCGUCGACAACGAGACCCACGCGCUCAACGUCUCCCUGGCACGCUGCAAACACCCAUCCACCCAAACACACGGCAUCGUCACCGACAUCCUGCAACCCUCGCCCUUCCCAGAAACCUACCUCACCAACAAUGACAAAAAAUUCGACUCCGUAUCAAUGUACUACCUCCUGCACUGCCUGCCCGUGCCCGUGGCCAGCAAAUGCAAGAUCUUCACGCAUCUCAAGAAAUACAUGACGGAGGACGGGGUGGUUCAUGGAGCGAAUGUGCUGGGCAAGGGGGUGAGGAAGGAUAAUUGGUUUGCGAGGAUUAUCCGAAGAGGGUGUUUGAAUCAUGGGGUGUUUCAUAAUGAGGAGGAUAAUGCGUAUGAGUUUGAGAGGGCCCUCAGGGAGAACUUUUGGGAGGUGGAGACGUGGGUGGUCGGGAGUGUUUUUGUUUUUAGGGCCAAGAGGCCGAUUCUUGAUGCUUAG